UCGUCAUUCUUCAAGCCAAGUCUCACGCGCGGGCUAGGUCAGUCUGAGCCGGUCAGACUUGGUAGGCCGCAGUCAUAGCAUGCAGUUACUGCCUACCAACCACCGCGGCCUUGCACACUGUGCGUAACUGACGGGCAAAGUACAGACCAUGCACUGACUCCGUACUGUGUUUAGUACAUGCGCCAGCCAGCUCGAUUCUCCCCAAGUAGUUGUAUCACAGUCCGAUGCUCUGCGGAGCGUAAUGUUAUGCUCCUUACUGCGCCGUAAGAACUGGAGGGCACGAGAACCGCAUCAGCAUCGCUAGUAAUACUAGUACCCUCCGUGACCGGAGAGCACUCUGCCCUAAACCCGAAUUGCGAAGAGACGGGCCGUGAUCGGAUCAGGCGAAAGGUCGUCCGAGUCGCCAAGAUCGUCGUCGUUAACUUAGGUUGUAUUUACCCUAUUUGAAAUUUAUCACGCGACCGCAAUGGCUCCGUGCAAGCCAUCUGAUACCCGACGGCGUCGAGGUCGUGCACGACGCCUUCCUUACCUCCAACGACUCUUUGUCGGGCCGAAGAGACCCUCGCUAUUAGCAUCAUUAGAACUGAUCCUUCUAGUAGCGUUCCAGAGCAUUCUCCUCGCCGCCAUGACGUGUCUGCCAGCAGUUUCUGCGGCGCCAAGCUCUAGACCGGUUUCUGCUACUAGUAGCACUAGUAGUAGGAGUAUCGCGAAUGCUAUGCCUGGGUUUGUUUCGCCUGCUGGCUCGUAUUUUGGGCGGAGGCGAAGCGCGCUGGAGUGUGAAUCCGGGCUCGCCACGUGUCCGAGCGGCAGCGGUUGCGUGGACGCCUCGCUGCUGUGCGAUGGCACGGCGAACUGCAACGACGGGAGCGACGAGGAUGCGACGUUUUGCGCGUCGUUCGACUGCUCCAGCGUCGGAAAGGAGAUGUGUCCAGGAGGCGGGCAGUGCAUGAGGAGCGGCGGCUACUGCGACUUCACCCGUGACUGUAACGAUGGGAGCGACGAAAUCGAGUCUGAUUGCUACUGGCGCUACAUCGCAGGCUACUGCGAUCGGAUGGGGAUGAUCGCCUGCCCCAUCGACCCCUCUUACUGCGUCCGCGAAUCCGAUAUCUGCGACGGAAUGCCCAACUGCGACGGCGGCUGGGACGAAACCAACUGUCUUUCCCGGCCCUGCCCGGCCGGAACUUUCAAGUGCCCGAAGAGCGGCGUGUGCGUUGGUUCAGGGACCAUGUGCGACGGCAUGCAGGAUUGCUACAUGAGCGCCGAACCUGAGGACGAGGACCCGGAACUCUGCCAAGCCUAUUCGUGUCCGGAGGGUUGGAGGAAGUGUGCGGAUGGGGUGCAGUGCCUGCAGGAGGGGCGGUGGUGCGACGGGGCAGUGGAUUGCAUAGAUGGCAGCGACGAAGGUGCGACAUGUGCAGUCAUGCCUCCUCCUACCCCACCCACCAACACCACCCCUCCUGUUACUUCAAACGGAAACACCAGCACACCAACCAACAACAGUAGCAGCAGCAGCAACUCCACUGUUGUGAUCCUCUCCCCGAAGGAAAUCUCGAGGCUGAGGAAGGAAGCUGCUGCUAGAAGGUCUGCAGCAGUUGCUGCUAAGAAGAAGAAGCAGGAGGAGAAGAAGGCUGCUGUGGAGGCCAAGCGGCAGCGGCACGAUGCAACUGAGGCAGCAAAAGAAGCCAAGAGGCUUGCGAAAGAGGAGAAGGAGGCGGCCGUUCGGGAGAAGAAGAUGAAGCAGGGGGAGAAAAAGGUGGCGAUUGAGGCUAAGAAGAAGCAGCAGGAGGAGAGGGAGGCUGCGAUUGCAGUGAAGAAAAGGAAGGAAGCUGAGAAGAAGGCAAUGAUUGAAGCUAAGAGGAAGCAGCAGGCAGAGAAGGAGGUUGCUAUGGCUGAGAAGAAGAGGAAGCAGGCUGAGAAGGCUGCUGCGAUUGAGGCAAAGAAAAAGAAGCAAGCUGAGAAGGCGGCAGCCAUUGCAGCCAGGAAGACUGCAGCCACGUAGUAAUCACCAUAGAGGCUAAAGAAUGUCGUAAUAACAGCAUAUUAUGUUGAUUAGUCAUCACAGCGGUCCAUGUGUUGUAUAUUUACUUGAUUUGAACUG